CCAGGCCGUGCUUUAUCGCUGCACUCGCAGCAGCGGAACGCGUUUGUGCCCUCGCUCCCUUCACUUCUAAAGCGUGGGUAGGCGCAGCUGCGGAGCAAAUCCAGACCGGAUUUUGCCUCCUCCUCAGCAGCACAGCCAGAGACUCCCGGGCUCCUUGCCUCUAGUGGGGUGUUCAAAUCGCAGCGAGGGAAGGAAGGGCCAGCUGAGGGGCUGCAGGAGGAGAUUACGGAAUGGAGCCUGAUCCGAUGUAGCCGGUGAUCGGGGCUACAUGCAGCAAAGAUGUGCUGGAACCCUGCUUGCCCCUGAAUCUCCAUGGCAACAGCACAGGCCUCUCCUGUGACCUGUGACCUCAGCCAUUGUCUCUUGGAGCCCUACUCUCUGGAUUGUAAACCCGCCAACAACCGCAGCAUGGGCAGUGUGGGCAGCCUUGUAGAAAAGCAGGAUUUCUUGCCAGCUGCACCAGGAGGUCUGCGAGGGAUGCGUCAGCCAGACGGGUUGCUCCGGAAAGGAAUGUCUCAGCGUGAAGUCUUUGGUUACUUACAUGGGGGCAAACGGGAUGCCCGGACUGAGAAGAAGCACCAGUCCUCUGCUGGUGGCUUUAAAAGGGACUAUGAGAGUGACCGGGAGAACCAGUCCCCUGAGCGCUAUUUCCGGGACAAUCACCAUGGGGCAGAAUUCUCCAAGAGCUCUUUGCCUGAGCGUGGUCGCUUUGACAAGUGUCGGAUCAGGCCCUCAGCUUUUAAGGUGGUGGCUGGCAAAAGCCUGUUGUCCAUGCAAGGGCUAUCAUCAGCCAAAGGACAGAAACUCUCAAAGAGCAAUGGAAGCCUGCACACACUCUUGACCCAAAGCAGCACGAGCAGCUCAUCUCAACGGGGCCCCCUGCGUAACCACCUGCUACACACCAUCAGCCUUGAUGAGGGGUCCAACUCUGUCCAGAGCUUCCCCACUUACAAUCCCCGUUUCAAACCUGCUCCGAGUCAGCUUAGUGCUUCCAUAGGCAACAUCAACCACAUUGGUGGCUCCCUAGACAGGGCUUCUCGGGGGCCACGGGAUCCUUUGGCUGUAGAGAAAGCGCCACUGUCCUGCAAGAGCCUCAGCCGCUUGCAGAGCUCUGGGGAGCCACCCCCACCAUAUGAGCCUACAUAUUUCUUAGAAGAUGUGGUCAAGCAGCUUGAGGACCGGCUGAGUGAGAAGGGCAUGGAGCUCCGUCAGUUGAAGCGAAACCUUAGUGAGAGUGAUGACCCCUUCACACAGAUGUUUGAGGACAAACAGCGUUUAUGGAUGGAUGAGCUGGAUGAACUGAAGCAGAUGUAUGUGGCCAAGCUGCAACAGGUGAUGCAACAGGCGCAGCGCAGCCAGCGGGCACUUCAGCUGCAGCUCUACAAAGCACAGCAGGAAAAGAAGCGGCUGCAAGAAGAGCUGGACCUGCAGCAGAGCCAAUGUGAGGAGCUGAGGCUUCAGCAACAGCAGGCAGAGCGCCUAAGUCCCAAACUGGAGGAGACCAAGUGGGAGGUCUGUCAGAAGACUGCAGAGAUUUCAUUGCUCAAGCAGCAACUCCGAGAUGCCCAGGAGGAGAUGGCUCAGAAACUGGGUGAAAUAUUUAGUUUGAAAACACAGUUACGGGAGGCCCGAACAGAGUUGCAAGCCAAGGAUUCACAAUUGGCACAGCUGGAGGACUCUUUCCAGCCUGUACCAGAACGGGGCUCCCCUGUUCCUCCAAGAGACUCUCCCAUGCAGGCUUGCCAGGACUUUUUGGGUUGUGAAACAGAUGACUCGAAAUGUCGGGGAAUGCAAGGGGAGAGUGCAGAGGGUUCUGAGUGGCUCUGGGCAGAACUGCUGCGGGAGAGGCGCCAGGCCCAGCUGCAAGCUGCAACUUUUGAGCAGGAGCGGAAAACCUGGCAAGAGGAGAAAGAGAAGGUCCUGCGCUAUCAGCGGGAGAUUCAGGCCAGCUAUAUGGAGAUGUACCACCGGAACCAGGCUCUGGAGAGGCAGCUGAGUGAAUUCCGGCAGUUCCAAGCUGAGCCCAGAGGUAUCAACUCAGAGUCACCUUGGAUUGAGAGAGUCGAGUCCUCCAAGAUCUGAACAGUACAUGAGAGAGGCCCUGUGCUGGGAUUGCUAAGGUGUAAAAGAACCACACUGCAGCAUGGACCAAAGGGUUUGUUGGGGGAAACUAUUAUGCUGAAGAGCCCAUUAAGCUGACCUGGAAGCUUCCUCUGUUGUAACAUGCAGGAUUUUGUAGGCUGCUGCCACCCAUGGAAUGAAAUCCCAGCACGACUUCUGGUUUUUUGUCCGUCCAAGCUAGACUGUUGCCUCCCUACUACUGCCAUCUCAGAGGGCAGGGCACACUUUCUGUAUCCUGCUUUGUGCCCAGACUGGCACUGCAUGUCAGGAUUGAAGGUUUAUUAUUGUGGAAUGUGAAUGGCCAUGAUUGGAGCUGUAAGCACUCUUGAUGAAGUACUAAAGAAUGUGUAGAGGGCUCUUCCCCUACACAGUACAUCCAUACUGGGGCUGGGGCUUUGUCCCUGCACAGCUUCAGACUUGACCUGUUGUGUUGAGAGAAGGAUGACAGCAAACCCACCUCAGCAUGAACCUGCUAUGUAGGAAUUAUUUUCUGUCCAUCUGGCUUGUCCUUACGCUGUGGCAGAUUCUGAAGCUCCGGUUGUAACAUGGUUGUGUGUGCCUUGUAUUCUAAGAGAGAUCUUCCUGUGUAUGGCUCCAGAAUAGUUCCAGAAGCAUAACUGGCCAAUGAGGCAAAUGCUCAGUGAAGGCCAAACCAGUUGGAUUCAGCCACCCAAAAGGCCACGGGGCAGUGCCAUCUGGGCCUGGGGCAGUUUCCCCAUAUGUGUGGCUGGGGUACUUUUGAUACCUCUGUUUUGUUGCUGCUUGGUGCCCCAGUUCUGGAUUUGAAGGUUCUUGCCAGAGUAAUAAUCCCUGCAAUGGAAGCUCUUCCUGGCAACUCCUGGAAUAAAACUCUGCCCUGGAA